AUAGCUAGGUUAUUUAGAAGGGUAUGAGCAAGAGCCUCCACGUCGCUUCAUUAAUAUCUUCGGUAGAGAUGGCGCUUAACUCUAAAGUCACCUGGCAGGAAUGAACGUUGAGUGGUAACGGCAUAGGUGGGAAGGAGACAUUUCAAAUUGAGGGCGUUCCUACUACUAACUCAAUUAAAGGUAAGAAGUUACUACCUCGUUCGUUCUCUUCCUCUUUACAAAAGCCCAUCUCUUCCCAUCACCCAGUUAAAUUCUUAUUCAAUCAGACUUAUACCAAGACCAUCCAUAUCCCCCAUCCAUUAUUACUUCUUGGGUCAUAUCUUAGGAGGCAAGCAAAAACGGACAUAUACUCAACUUUGCUUCGCUUCGCUCGUACGUUUGAAUUAAGGUCAAUUCAUUCUUGGUAUUACUUUCAGGCAAUUGUCAUCUUGAUAUCGUAUAACACAAUUCACGAUUACCUUCCUUCCAACCUGCUCAUAACUCCUCCAGUCAGUCAGUUCAGUCCAUAUAGAUUUCAUUGUCUACUGCCACCAUGAUACAUUCUUCAUAUCUUCUUCUGGCCACCCUGGGCCUGUCAUCCCCGGCCCUGGGAGUUAUACUUCCUACCCUUCAAGCUCGCGUUUCUGAGUCGGCUCGGUCACAGCCUGUCUUCAGCAACCACCCCUGCCAACACGGCGAACGGACUUGUGAUCGCAACACCGUGUACUACUGUAACGGCCGUGGUACGUGGACGGCUGAGAGUCUCUGCAUUUUUCCAUCGUGGUGUAACGAGAAUGAAGCUACCAGCGAAGCUUGGUGUGACGAGGAUACUACUUCCUCUGCUCCCCCGGAAUUGGAAUUGAAGAAGAAGCGCACCAUCGGCAUCCCUACCCCGGUCUCGACGCCGGAACCUAGUCUAACUCCAACUCGGACCUUCAAACCCGGCUCCGCAAAGAAGUAUAGUUUCAAUGGCAACGACGGGAAGGGGGCCCUUCUCGGCCGCCAGACCCGGUGUGUUGAGGGCGAAUUACGCUGCAAUAACGACUGGGAAGAGCUCUGCGACGCAUUCGGUACCUGGCAACACUUCCAGCAAUGUGAUGCCUGUGUUACUAACGAUGACGGCUCCGUAAACUGCGCCCCUACAACCGCGACCUCAACAGCCCCUCAGCCACCUCCUACACCACACACCGGAGACAGGCGAUGCAGUGGUAACACUGAGGAAAUCUACAAUGAAAAAACCCAUUUGUGGGAAUUUGCUGAAGAGUGUAUUGAAUGUGUCGACAACAACGACGGGACCGUCAGUUGCGCGCCGGCCACAGCGCUGCCACCGCAGCCUACCGCCCCACCCCAGUGCAAUGAAGGUGACCGUCGAUGUGAUGGCGAUUGGUUCGAGUUAUGCAAUGCCCAACGCCUUUGGGACCGCAUCCAGCAAUGCUCCGAAUGUGUCAAUGGUGUAGAUGACACUUUCUGCCAGCCUCUUGAGACUGAGACCCCGACCCCGACUCCAUCAGCAACUCCGUCCCCCAUUCCGUCUGUAGCUUCGGCCGCCGGUGUAGCGCUGGACAAUCCAUGUUUUGGUGGUGAGGUACGAUGUGACAAUGACCGAAUCUCGGUUUGCUCUGCUGAGCGUCAAUGGGAAGACUACGGUCCGUGCCCCAACUGCAAGCAACUCUACAACACACGCGUGAAAUGCGACUUCGACAACUCAGCACAAGCUAGCAGCGCGGCCGCUCUAUUCGCUCGAUCGGAAGCACUUUAUAGCGCCAGGGUUGAGGAAUGCCCCAAGCUAGGCUUUCAACGGUGCGCCGGCCCAACCGUCGAAGUUUGUGAUCAGGAUGGACACUGGGCUAUUAAGGAACAGUGCACACCUAGACAGUACUGUAUGGAUUCUUCUGAUGGCAUUGCCUUCUGCUCUUAAUUGUAAUAAGAGAGAGGUUUCACCACGAUAUCAAGUUGGGGUUGAAGGAGUACCUAAGGAAUCGGCUUGUUGACUAACGUGCGCUUGUUGUUGUCGGUGGGAAGUGAUGGGCUUUGGGGGUAAUUGUUGUGUUAGUGUAGUAUACUUAAUGUGUAUUAAUACUUCCAACCUGGAACAGCAUUGCCAAUGUGUAUUUUC